AUGGAUAAAAGUAGAGGCUCAUCAUUCAAUCCACAUGAGGGUGAGUUAUUAUGUCGUGUCUAUCUAGAAAUAUCACAAGAUCUAAUUUCUAGCAAUAAUCAGUCUUUGGGGAAAUUAUGGGUAAAAAUACAAAAUAUGUACAAUUGA